AUGUUACGAACCUCCCUAUUACGGCUGAGCGCCUUCCCGGCGACCUCUGUCAGCCCGGUACGCUCUAUUUCUCCGUCUCAAUGGGUCUUUACAUCCUACUCGACUCGAGCCUUCCACAUCUCUCGAAGCUUCCGAACCACUCCCAAAAAACCUCUUCUUCCCUCCGAAACCUCCCCAAUCCGACCCGCGACCACCGGCAAUGAUGGCGCCAAGUCACCGCCCGUCGUCCCCGCGAAACCAAAGGUUGCGAAGCCCGCAAGCGAUCCGCUGGCAGCCAUCGACAAGUCCGCGCAGGAGCAGCGAAAGGCAGACUGGGCCAUUAUGAAGGAGAUGUCGCACUACCUGUGGCCAAAGGGAAAUCUAGAUACCAAGUUCCGGGUCGCUCUGGCUGUAUCCCUGCUGAUUGGAGCCAAGGUCCUCAACGUGCAGGUGCCGUUCUACUUCAAGUCCAUCGUGGACGCCAUGAACGUAGAUGUCGGCGCUAUGGGUGGUAACGCCGUCGUCGUAGCGGGAAGCAUGAUCUUGGCGUACGGCGCGACGAGGAUAGGCGCUUCGCUUUUCCAGGAACUCCGGAAUGCCGUUUUCGCCUCGGUUGCGCAGAAGGCUAUUCGACGCGUUGCGCGCAACGUCUUUGAUCACCUUCUCCGACUCGACCUUAGCUUUCAUCUCUCCAAGCAGACCGGCGGCCUGACUCGUGCGAUUGACCGAGGAACGAAGGGUAUUAGCUUCCUGUUGACCAGUAUGGUUUUCCACAUCUUGCCUACGGCGCUCGAGAUCAGCAUGGUCUGUGGUAUCCUCACGUGGCAAUACGGAGCGAAGUUUGCCGCUAUUACCGUGCUCACCAUGGUGGGCUACACGGCUUUCACGAUAUGGACUACGGCGUGGCGGACGAAGUUCCGGCGACAGGCGAAUGCGGCGGACAAUAGGGCGUCUACCGUGGCCGUCGAUUCCUUGAUCAACUACGAGGCUGUGAAAUACUUUAACAACGAACCCUUUGAGGUUGCCCGCUACGACAAGGCUCUGAAAGAAUACGAAAAGAGCUCGAUCAAGGUGGCCACGUCCCUGGCUUUCCUCAACGGUGGCCAAAACGUCAUUUUCUCGACAGCGCUCACGACCAUGAUGUACCUCGCCUGCAACGGCGUCGCGCAGGGCUCCCUUACGGUGGGCGACCUCGUCAUGGUCAACCAGCUGGUGUUCCAACUCUCCGUCCCCCUAAACUUCCUCGGCUCGGUCUACCGGGAACUUCGCCAGUCUCUUCUAGACAUGGAGACUCUGUUCAACCUCCAAAAGGUCAACGUCACCGUCACGGAUGCGCCAGAUGCGAAGCCUUUGGCGUUGCCGAAGGGCGGCGAGAUCAAAUUCGAGAAUGUUUCCUUCGGAUACCACCCGGAUAGGCCGAUCCUACGCAACCUCAACCUCACCAUUCCCGCCGGCAAGAAGGUGGCCAUCGUCGGCCCCAGCGGAUGCGGAAAAUCUACCCUUCUGAAGCUGCUCUUCCGGUUUUACGACGUACCCUCGGGUCGCAUCCUCAUCGACGACCAGGACAUCCGCGACGUGACGAUGGAAUCUCUGCGCAAGUCCAUCGGCGUCGUGCCGCAGGACACGCCUCUCUUCAACGACACGAUCGAGCACAACAUCCGAUACGGCAGCAUCAACGCCACGCACGAACAGAUCGUGUCGGUAGCCCAGCGUGCACACAUUCACGAAAUCAUCCAAAAGUUCCCCGACGGGUACAACACCAAGGUCGGUGAGCGCGGCAUGAUGAUCUCGGGCGGCGAGAAGCAGCGCCUCGCCGUCAGCAGGCUGAUACUCAAGGACCCGCCGCUGCUCUUCUUCGAUGAGGCGACGAGCGCGCUGGAUACGCAUACGGAACAGGCGCUUAUGGCGAAUAUUAAUAGUAUUCUUCGCGAGAAGGGCCGGACGAGCGUGUUUGUGGCGCAUCGGCUGAGGACUAUUUUCGAUGCCGAUCUUAUUAUUGUGUUGAGGGAGGGAAGUGUUGCGGAGAUGGGGACUCAUCAGCAGCUUAUUGAUAGUGGUGGAUUGUACUCGGAGCUCUGGAGUGCUCAAGAGACAAUGUUCAGCGCUACUGGGGAGGAGGACCUAGGAGAGCCACGCGAGACCGAGGAGAAAUAA